GCCUUAUUCUGUUAAGUGAUCUAUUCAGUCUUUUAUCCGCUACUUUCGUUUAUUGUGUCUCUUACCGAAACUAUGGAAGAUCCUUGUAUUACUCUGUGCAUUAUCCUAUGUUCUAACAGGUUUCGGUUAGCCUCUUGGUAGGCUGAGUGGCAGGCUGAGUGGUGUGCUGGUUGGCCUCCUGCAUAACCUACCUACAAAGUCACCGUUUGCCUUUACCUGUGUACCAGUUUAAAUACUAGGUCUGAUGUUAAUUUUCAUGAGGGAAGACAGUCACGUCCUUCUUUCCCCUUUUCUCUUCUCAGCCAUAUUUCACAUUUUACAACUGCACCAUUCGUGUUGUGCCUACUUCUUUCUUACCUUACCACUUCUCACCCAUUAUUUCUUAUCAUUGAAUAAGGAGCGCGCACCUGUGCUCCUAACCCACGCGUCAUUAUGGCCGACCUCUCAGACACCUUCUCCUCUUCCGAGGAACUCGAGCCAUCCUUAGACGACGAAAACUCGAGUAACUGGGAUUUUGAAGACGACUCCUCAGACUCCACCGUGUCGCCCCGGCCCCAUGACCCGGCUUCCGCUCAAAUCAACCCUCGGGCUUACCAGUUAGAGAUGUUGGCAGAAAGCCUGAAACAGAACAUCAUUGUUGCGGUAUAGCCAUGUGUCUCCCCUGGCCUAAGUCCAGUUGGAUACGGUAUUGCUAACAGCCUCCCCAAGAUGGACACUGGUAGCGGCAAGACUCAGGUGUGCGUCUAAUCUCCAGGCCUUUUUCACGCUAUUCAUAGACAAUAUUUUAGGC